GCCGGCUUCUGCUGUUUUCGUUUUUUCUCUGUGGACUACACGGUGUUAGCGACCUCGUUGUGUUGUGCGUGGCCGCUGUUGACCAAGUUGGCAAAACGCGGGUCACUGGUGCGACGGCAUCGUUGGCGUGAGGUCCGGGCAAUUCUUUUCGGCACGCCGGAAGACCUCAGGUUGAGAGCACCCACCAGUGUCCUCUACAUUCUCCAUGGGUGUUGGUGAUGUUGAAGACAGCAGAGAUGGUGCCAGGAGAGGGAGUCACGUGUCGAGGCAGCAUGCCAUCGUGUACCAGCCCACGGAUGCCCCGGCAUGCCCGCAGUGCCGUAUGCUGGAUGUGCCAUUCUUUGACACUGACUGCCCCAACUGUCUUAACAUCCUGCACAGUGACGACACCACCGUGCCAGAGAUAUUUGCCAUUCUUCGCCAGUGGGUUCCGCGCACCCAGAAGGACAUCAAGGCACUCUGUUCUGAGAUUUUGAAACGAGGCGCUCACGUCAAUGAUCGUGAUGGCCUGACGGACAUGACGCUUCUGCACUACGCCUGCAAGUCUGGCGCCACUGGUGUUGGCGACUUGAUGAGCUCGACGCAAACUGUGGGAAUUCUGUUGGACUACGGUGCGGACCCCACGUUGCGCUGUCGUUGGACCGACAUGGCCCCGAUUCACUAUGCUGCGUACUUUGACGUUCCUCCUGUGAUCGAGUUGCUGCUAAAGGCUACUAAGAGAUCAGACAUUGACAGCCCCUGCCAGGUGUUUGAUGGUGGCACACCACUCCACAUAGCAGCGGCUACUCUCUGCUUCGGAGCCGCUCAGACCCUCGUGGACUGUGGUGCCAGUCUGACCAGCCUGGACAGCUUGGGGAGGAUUCCCUUUGAAUGUGUUCCGGAGAUGAAAGGCGAGGCGUUGCCCAGCGAGGUCAGCACGGCGUGCAACAUGCGAGACCUGCUGCGCUGUUCACUGCCUUCCGGAGCCCAUGGCUCCGAUAGCAGCGGUCAACAGCAGGAAUCGGCCUCUUCUCCAUCGACGGGACGCGUCUUGCUGCAGUCGCUUGGGCUCAAGAUUGGCGACAAGGUCACCGUGGGCGGCUCUAAGGUCGGCACGUUGCGAUAUUGUGGGACCAUCCAUUUUGCCACUGGCAUCUGGGCCGGCGUGGAGCUGUGUAAUCCGCUCGGCAAGAACGACGGUUCGCUCGGCGGUGUCUCUUACUUCCAGUGCCCUAUGAAUCACGGAAUAUUCGCUCCAAUAACGAAGAUUCAGAAGUACGAUGGCAGUACUCAGGUAGAUACGGUGUCUUCACCGACAAAGCCAAGCCGCCCGCCAAAGAGCAUUUCAUACCCGAAGGUGGAUGUGUCUCAUGUAUCUUCAAAAAUUGAGACGGGUCUGUCCAACCUGAGACAGAAGCAGCAUCUGUAUGAUCGCAAGAACAACAAGCUCUCGAUCGGAGACUCCGUUGUCGUGGGACAGAGAAAAGGAGUGGUGCGUUUUCUGGGCGAAACGCAGUUUGCACCAGGGUACUGGUGCGGUAUUGAGCUGGCCAAGCCCGAGGGCAAGAACAAUGGCUCCGUCAACGGCGUCACUUAUUUCACCUGCCCUCCGAACCACGGCGUCUUCGCUCAGCCGUCGAAAGUUAAAUGGAUACCUUCAACUACAGAUGAGGAAGCAUCUGAUCUGGACUCCUUGGUUGAUUUGAACACAUCCAUCAGCAGAAGCUCCACAGAUGGUGAUUCGGGUGGCAGCCCUGCAUCUCAGAGAUCGACCGGCACCGAUAAGAAACCGCCUGCAAAGUCCCAGCAUGCUAAAACUGUGCAGACCGUGCUCAAGAAGGGCUGCUGGCUGACAGUGGGGAUGAAUGUGUUUGUCUGCAAUGAGCUGGGCGUUAUCCGGUACAUCGGUCCGGUGCACUUUGAGGAAGGCACCUGGCUCGGGGUGGAACUGCGCGGGCCCACGGGUCGCAACGACGGCAGCGUCCAGGGGAGGCGCUACUUUACGUGCAAGCCGAACCACGGCCUCAUCGUCAGGCCCAACAAGGUCACGGUGCGGGGCAUCAACAGUGCCAAGCUGUUCGAGGAGCAGCCGCACUCUUGAGAAUGGCUUUUAGCUUAUUUUGGGCACGUCGUAGUCCCGGUUUUUUAAAUGGUUGGCUCUCGUGGAGCCGGGUAAUGUAUUUUCGAGUGCUCGUCUGUACAGCACCAGUACUCUGACUCGUAGACAAGCACAAGAAAGGCACCUUGAAACUUUCAAACUGGCCUUGUCAGACAGUUUGCUUUAAUAGAAGUGGACUCAAUGUGCUGCACACUGAGUAUCCCCUUCGGGUCUGUCGCAUAAGCUAACUUGGAAAAUACAGGUUUGCAGAGUCUGUUGUAGAGGGACUGUAGAAUUUUACACGACAGGAUUGUUUGACUCGCCCGCAUCACCUGAACCAUUUCACGAGGUGCGGCACAUCAGCAUUCAUUUCAGCAUUGCAGCACUAUACCAUGCUGUUUAUUUGAAAGGUGCAAAAAGGUGCGUGGUUGGUUCAUGUUCCUUGGUAGGUGCCUAGUGGAACAGCGGCGAACGUCGUAAAACGCUGGUGAUGCUUCUAUCAGGAAUUCUGCACUUUUCUUGUUUCGUGUAGCAAAUACUAUUACCCCUGUGUCAGUUGCCAGCCUAGACUUCAUGGUCUGAUAAGUAGCGAAGUGCAUUUUGUCGCUUUUAGCUCCAAACACGCUACAAGUGAACAGGCUAAGUACCAGGCAUUUAACAGUAUCUACUAAAAAAACUGUGUAGAGUAUUGCGUACAUACUUUGACUGAAGCCGUGCGGCAUAUCUAUAGAAGAGUGAGGAUAGAAACAAAUAAUGCUAUAAUGCUAGGCCAACGAAAUGGUGGUGAUGUUUUCUGGACCUUCAGCUAUUGCUUGGAAAUCUCACGCAUGCCUUUUAUUGCAUAAACUAAUACACAGGAGGAAAGAUUGUACAGUAAUGCCACAACUGCUAGGAAUGUAUACUAAUUGUGAUUGUCAGGACAUAAUUCUGAACCAGUUAGGCCCUUGAUAUUACCUAGCACAAGCGUAUACAAAUUGUCAUCAUCAAGGUUAAGUACACGAUUCUGACCUAGCGAUUCUCUUGAUGCAUCUUAAAACAUGUGGAAUGCCAGGGUUUCUAAGUGGUGCUGGUUACACUAAAGAUGAUUGCACCUAGAGUAUAAUAGAAUUCCACUAAGUCAUCCAAACGCACUCUGUUGCAUACCUUAUAUUUAGACUUUAUUCUGCCCCCGAUUUUGGUCUAGAAAAUGAUCUUUCAAAGUUUAAAAUGGCAGGAUAGGAAGAAGGCUUGUGUUUUGUUAGUUCCUCUUCAAGGCCUUCGUGCCUCGUUGGACAUCGUGUUCUUGGGUAACCAAAAGCCAUGCUGAUAAAAGCUUUCCUUAGUCCUGAAAGUUCAUGGUGACAGCCGUGAGGCCAGUCAGAGUACCAAAGUUGUGUGCAGUGAGAGGAAGAGUGUGCUGUUUGCACAAGAACACCGUGCCUUAUCUGCAGAGUGCAUUUCGACAGGUCCAGUGAGGUGUGCCUACCUGCAAAGUCUCACUUUCCGACUUGAAUCUGUCCUCUGUGCUCUAUAUGUACACUUGCGUUUACACAUCGCAUCCGAGUUUAUUUUUUCACACGCACCUUCCCACAUUUGUUGUAUUUAUUUAUGCACUUCUCACACUCUGAUCAUCAUCAUAGACGAGAGAACCUUAGCACACAUAAAAUGCAAGUAUGAAGCUGUGGGGGGAAAAGAAAAAAAGAUCUGCUAAGGUCUAGGGUACACUGCACGGAAUACAGGCAGUAAUAAUUAAAGAUCCUUCAUGCACCGAAAUUUAUUUCUCUGCAGUACAUUUGCAGUAGGAGCUGUGGGAUAUAGCAGUGCUCUUAGCAUGCAUUCAUUACAUGCAGUCUAUAAUGAAGCAUAUGACAACCCAAAGGUCUGUUGAUGACACAUAGCACUAGUGUUUCUCCAGUAUGUGCUACAUGUGCAACAAUCAUUGUAACUAACAUGUUUUUUUAGCAAGUGGAGCUGGAGAGUCAUGGUUGGCAGGCCUUGAUUGUGAUAGCUUGAUAUGUGUUCCUUCAAAAGCAUUUAACCUCCUUGGUCUCUGGGUACUCAAUUAGGUACUGUUGUUUUAGAGGCGACAGAUCAUCACGAUUUGAUGUCUGCAUGUUCGAAUUUGUCUUGGCACAAUAAGAAUGAGUUGCUUUCACAAAUCUCUGAGAAGUGGCGCCGUGUGUCUAGUCAUAUUCGCAAAACAAGCGAAUGAAAAUGACUGAGUACUUACGAGCACUCGGUUACGUCCUCGUGAUAAGUGAAAGCUUUUUUCUUAGUUGUAGUCAGUAAAACAACGUCUACAGUACAUUUCUUUAACUGUGGAUGCCCUGUAGAUAAUAUUGAAAGUCAUUUCGAUCUGGUAUUUUAGUUGCACUCAGUCUUGGAGACUUCGAAAGAUCAGGAGCACGUUAAUGGGUACCAUCACAUUUUGAGACAACUGUUCAAUUUUUCGGAUUCAGAAUUAUUCUGCAUUUGUUUUUAAGGGCAGGGAGUCAAAAAUAGUACGGUUUUGCGAAAGCUUUUUCUAUUGGUGCAUUCUUGGGUCUGAGGAGGUUAAUGUUUACUUCUUGCAGCCUCGCUAUGUCAGAGUUUAAGCUGCCGCCGAUAUGUAUUCAUUGUUUGCCCUAAGUGUAGUGGCAUCUGUGAACUUGCGUUUGCACCUGCAGGAAGUGUGGUGUGAUUUCCUGGCAGGAUUAAGGCUGUUCCCUUUAGCCUCUUAGCUGCCAAGCCUGAGCUGCCUCUAUUUGAAUCUUUUUUUUUUGGAUAUGUAAAAAGCGGAGUGCACAUGUGGGUAUUGAAUUUAGAACACAGAAUAAGUUUGCUGGCAAAGAAAAAUAACGUUAACUUAACUUGUUUUGCAAUACAUUAUAAAAGAGCUUGAGAUUUGAAAAUAAUUUAAAAUCUUGUUAGGUUCAUAAACAUAUGUCAUCAUGUGCGUGUUUUAACAUACCCAAACAAUAUCAGAACCUCUAAAUAGGUGCGAAUAAAAAAAAAAAUGAAGGAAUUUUUUAAUGCAUGCACCUUGUUUUGUAAUGCAACUGUGGGGCAGCAAGAUGUGACAUUUGUUUCAAUAUAUGUUGUAUGUUGUUUUAGUGUUGUGCACACUUGCUAUCUAAAUAAGAUAUCUUUGUCACAUCUGAAGCUGUGUUAUCGCAUUGUAACAUGAAAGCUUUCUUGUUCUGUGUUGGAGUAUUUUGGCUGGAAGACACCUUUAAAUGGAAAUCAAAAAUAUUUACUUUGUAUUUAGGGCAGUACAGAAUACGUUGCAUAUAGUUAAUCUGGGCUUGAAGAACAAUAAUUGAAAAUUUUCAACCUGUUCCACUACCAUUUACUAUAUGAUAGCACUGCAGAUGCACGAAGCGCAUUUAAGAUUUCGUGUUCAAUAGGUAUUAAUUAUUCGAUAUCUGAAAGGGAACAGGCGUAGUCAGCUGAUCGGCCAGCUGGAAGGAUAAAAGUUUUACUGGAAAAUUAGUAAAAUAUAGUAGUGGCGUCAUCAAAUCAACGGUUCUCUCAUCAUGCACAUUUGUACCCAUCUCUGUUUCUUGUUUGUUUCCAUGUGCACCUGUGUGACCACAUUGCAUUUUAAUUCACAGUGUCAAAGCAUGACGUCACUCGUUGUGAACGUUUUUUUUUUUUUUCGUGAUGGCAGUUGAAUGGAGGAUUGAAGGAUUGCCAGUUGAAGGAUUGCCAGCGGGCAACAUAGUAAGCUAAACUGCCAUACAGUUGGUCAGUGUUCGUUACUUGCUUUAUGAAGAGCCCGCUGGUGACUUUCAUACGACUUUCGUAAGGCACUUAUGCCGAGGUUGUUGUCGACUUUUGAGGUUGUGCAAUAUCAUAUAGUGUUUACAGCACCUUAUUGCCGAAGUGAGCAGUCAUAUUCACUCAUGCAGCCAUUUCACAUUCGUAAAGCGUAGCAGCUACUUGAAUAAGAAUGGUAAAUAUUCCUUUUGGAUUGGGAAAUCUGUAAUAAGCUGAUGUACUGAAGAUUACUGGUUACCUUAGCCUGCUCACAAAUGCAGAAGACAAAAGGUAAUGAAUUGACAAAAAUGAUCCAGUACAGUGGUCUAAAUUAACAGACAUUUUUAUUGACUCGAAGCUUGUUAAUGCAUGCUAAACUAAGGUUACUGUGUAAACAGAGAAAAAGGGAGAUGGAAGGAAACAUGGCAUAUUGUUCUUUAUGCCUAUGCGACCCUGGGCUUUACAAUCGUUGAUCAGUGUUGGGGCUUUAUUCCAAAGUCACGGAUAGUGCAGCAGUGUUCACUGUCCAAUUUCAUGGUGGUUCCGUAUAAUUUCAUUGGCAGGCUACGUGGAGCGAUUUCUCUGAAAGUCUGUGUGCAUAGGGUGAGACACUUUCAAUUUCUACUAAGAUUUUUGAUGCCUUCUUCCGUUGUCUGUGUGUAGUGUGAGCAGGUCUUGCUCUAUCAGAAUUAUAUGGAACACAUCCCUGGUGUGUUCCUUGUGAUCCGUAUGGUUCAUCAGUUUGCAUUGAAUUGAUGCUGUUCUGAUACUAAUAGGUUUUAAAAAACUCAUAGUCUAUGCGUUUUUGAGACAUUGAACUCUCUCCUAUUAGUAUAGAGCAUUGCUUAUUUAUGCCUGCCAUUGAAACUUACCUACACUUGACAUGGCAAAGCAACAUGCUCUUUUUCAUCUUUUAUACUGUGUCUACUUAUGUACCUUGGAGUGGCUGUCAUAUCUUGUGUUAGUUGGCAGGUGUGGAUAUCUUAUAAGACAGGGAGAAAUAUUAUUUUGGUACCUGGUUUCUCACUUAUGUUUAGUACAUAUUGCUCUAGCCAUGGUACCUGAGAGUGGCUUGGCAUUUAUAGAACUUGCAUUUUUCCGGCGGAUCUGUACGACUAAACCGUCUGUCAUGAAUUCAAGGACCCAUGCAUGAACAGCUGCUAUGUCAUGUUUAUUCUAAUGUAGGCAUUUUAUUUUUGCCUUCUGUCAUUUAUUUCUUGAACUUUUGCACACUUCAUUUGCAUUGUGCUUACUUUCUUUUAGUAAAAAAAUACAUAUAAAAUGCUUUUAAAGAAGUAAAUGAUACUGGUCAUUCCCAUUUUAAAAGUACAUAUAUCUGGUGCGGAUCCUUGAAUACAAGAUGCAUUUAAGUUCAUUGUUAAACCAACACUUGAUAUGUGGUUUUUAAGUGAUUCAGCCAUGCAUUAGCAAAUAAAAGAAAUAUUGGUUUCACAUACA